GCCACGACCCCAGCUGUGUCUCUGCUUGUCAAAGAAGAAUCGGUAGAAGUGCGGAGAACCGAACCGUUGGACCCAUGGCACGUUUGUGGCGUGCCAUGAAAAAUACCGAGCCUGUCUUAGUCAUGACUCGUGGAUUGCGUGAACCACGUGCUUCACUAACGGGUAAUCUGGUUGCGUUCGAUCGCUACUGGAAUC